AGUCACUUUUGACAACAUGUUCGCAGAGGAGGAACGUGAUAUCCUGAUUGAAGCAAGCAUCCCAGCUGUGGAGAAGCCCAUGCCAAUCCACAAAAUUCUCCAAGUCACUGUCUCAUACUUUGAUCCAAUCUCCCAUGAGUCCGUGGAACAGGGUCCAAUAGUUUUGUCCAUUAAAAGGACGCAAGGAACUCAAAUGACGAGUCCAGAUACCGAAGUGGAAGUUACAAGGGCUAUCUUCAAUGCUACUCAGGUAAUUGCAGACGCCCUUGUGCAGAAAGAACGUGGCCAGACGGGAUUGGCUACAGCAGCAUUAGAUACUCUCUUGGAGUCUAUACCGGAAAGCGCUGUGCAGCAUCCAAGGAUGGAGCAACUGAUCCCAGACGUUCGUGAUGUGAGACAGGAGCUGGCCAAAGCGAAG